GCGGCAGAAACCCGAUCACUCCCGUCUCAACAGCGCCGCCUCCUGGAAACGCUCAGCCACUGCGUAAAGCUCAUCUCCAGCCCGGCGUCGGUGAAUCGGUCAGAGCGAACGGCCGGGUAGACACAUGGCGGAGGCUGGAAGUUGAAAUUCACAAUAUGGCGGACACGCUGAGCGGCAGCAAAGGCGUCGAUAGACCAUUACGCCAGCAGAUGGCGACAUUCUGAAAUCACUUCCUGGUGGAACGUAGAAGAAGAGCAGUUGAACUGGGCGGACAAACAAACAAACCGAGAUGAUAGCGUUGAAGCAGAACUAACUUGAGGCGGUGUGGAUGAACGGUUCGGCUGAGAGAUGAGUUCGUUCGCGGGUCGGAUGAAGGAGUAUCCCACCGUGUCUUUGGACCGGUUCGACAGGGAGAACCUGCACGCGCAGGCUUAUUUCCUUUCUCACUGUCACAAAGACCACAUGAAAGGACUGAAAGGACCUCUGCUGAAGAGAAAACUGCAGUUCAGUCGAACCGUCAGACUUUACUGCUCCUUUGUGACCAAAGAGUUGCUGCUAAACAACCCAAAGUACGCCUUCUGGGAGGAAUACGUAGUUCCUCUGGAGCUGGAGAGCCCCACUCAGAUUUCCCUGGUGGACGAAGCAUCCGGAGAGAAAGAAGAGAUUGUGGUGACGCUGCUUCCUGCAGGUCACUGUCCUGGAUCCGUCAUGUUCCUGUUUGAGGGUUGCCAUGGAAACGUGUUGUACACAGGGGACUUCCGGCUGGCGGUCGGAGACGCGUCCAGGAUGGAGCAUCUGCACUCCGGCAGCAGGGUCAAAGACAUACAGAGUGUUUAUCUGGACUCCACGUUCUACGACCCGCGCUUCUACCAGAUCCCCAGCAGGGAAGUGUGUCUGAAAGGGAUUUCGGAGCUGAUCGGAAGCUGGAUCGGCCAGAGUCCGUAUCACGUGGUGUGGCUGAACUGUAAGGCCGCGUACGGAUACGAGUACCUGUUCACCAACCUGGGAGACGAGUUCGGCAUUCAGAUCCAUGUCAACAGUCUGGCGAUGUUCAAGAAGAUGCCGGAGAUCCUGAGCUACGUCACCACCGACCGCACCACUCAGAUCCAUGCCUGCCGGCAUCCCAGGGAUGAGGAGUUUUUCCAGGGCAACCGGUUACCAUGUGGUUGCUCGGCAACCGACGGGUUGCCGCUCCGGAUCAUCAGCAUCAAACCGUCCACCAUGUGGUUCGGAGAGCGAACCAAGAAGACCAACGUCAUCAUAAAAACAGGAAGUAGUUCCUACAGAGCCUGUUUCAGCUUCCACUCCUCCUACUCAGAGAUUAAGGACUUCCUGUCCUACCUGCAGCCCGUCAACAUUUUCCCGAGCGUCGUUCCGAUCGGACGCUCGCUGACCGACGUCACGCAGAUGUUGAGGCUGAUGUGCCGGAACCAGCCUGAUGAAACCGGCUUCGUUUACAGACCUCUGGGCGUCCUGAAGCGGAGCCGAGCUCAGCAACCCACUGACGACUCGAUUAGCGACGACGAGCUUUUCGACGGUUUGGAUCUGGUUCCGCUCCGGAAGAAACUGAUCCUGAACCAGGAAAUGCACAACGAGACGCCAGCUGAGAGAACAGCGCCCCCUGUGGCCACGUCUUUACCCCUGCUGGUGUCCGAUUCGGCGUCUGCUGCUCAGAACUACUUCGACUGCACCGAGUCCAACGGCGAGGACGAAGACGACGAAGAGGAGGAGGAAGACGAGGGAAAGGGAGACGUGAGCAAAGCGCCGAAGUGGGAGGAUUUCUUUACGGCGGAGCCGCUGAGCGACAGCCAGAACAGCCAAUCGCAUUCCUGCUGCUCCGCCGCGUCACAGACCCCGGAUCUGUUCGGCGACGGCGACCGAACCCCAGAGAACCUGGACGCCUUCAGCCUGACGCUGUCCGCCUCCCAGUCCGACCAGUCCUCUCAGAACCUGGACGACACGCUCAUCCUGGCCCAAUCAGAACUCCAGGAGCUGCCGGCGUCUCAGGCGUCCUCUGACUUUGACGUCCCCCCAACGCCGGAGUCGAAGGCGCCGCAGACCGACGAGCUGCUGCAGCUGUACAGGAAGCUGGCAUCGGGACAGGAUGUGGUCAUCAGAGGUCAGGCUGAGCGCGAAGGAGACGAACAUCUGAUUGGUUGAUGGACAAAAGAUCCAUUCCGGUGUGUCUUUAUUUUAGAAAAGCAAGUAAGUACACCCUCUGAUCCAGGAUUCCCGUCACAUGGGCUUUGACUAGGCCGUCGCAGCACCUUUACUGUUAGGGCUGGGCGAUACAGCUUAAAAGAAAUCUUUUUAAAAAAAGAAAUUACAAUUGACAGAAAAUAUAUUGGACUAUUUUUGAUUUUUCA